UUGCAGUUGUACUCACUUUCUUUUCACUUUCUCUUGUUAGGCAGCUUGUUUGUUUGUGCCGCCUUUACCACUGCGCAUGCGCUCUUGAGUGGUAAGCUUUGGCCAGUUUAUGUUCCUUCAAAAUAAAAUCCACCGAGUAACUUAUGAGCACAAAAACUACAGUAAUACUUUUAAAAAUUCAGAAUUCAGGAAAGAAUAGCAACCCAGUCCACACAUUGGAUUUUCUCGUUUUGUUUUCAAUGUUUAUUUUCUGGCAUACAUGUAAUAUAUUCUCUAUAUUAACCUAUAUAGUCAAUAUUGUAUCUCAAUAGGAAAAAAACUAUUCAUAAUUGUGAAAGUGUCUGCGUUAUGAUGAUUUAUUCACAACUACAAAACCGUGUUAUUCAAAUGUAUCACUUGCAACCACCAUAAUUGUAGAUUUGAUAUAGUCAGGGUUUGUCAGUUGGAUCAGAUUACUCGGGCACACCUAUAAAAAAAUAAAUCCAUUAAAUCAAAGUGUAUCGAAGGAUUAGAUUCCUCGGGCUGACCUCCUGAAUCCAGUCCAGAAAUGUCAUAUUGAGGCAACACAAAGCGGAGAGAGGAGGGAGGCACUGCCAGCAGGAUCAAACUUCCCUCCCAUCAGCAGCAGCAGCAGCAGCGUGCUGAGUAUAUCUGUGUGUGCAGUCAGAUCCCUGUGCAAAUGCGCAGCGAGAAAGACCUCCCCGGUCCACAUUGGUUCAGUGUUUUGGAGCCUAACCUGUGGGUCAGUGCACCGCGGUGAAAAGCAUGAAAAGUGGGAUCCAGCAGCUCUCAGGACGAGUGAGAGGAAGGUGCGCACCAACGAGCUGAACCCCCAGGGCCGUUGAUAGGGAACCAUGUGCAGCUCCCUGAGCCCCAAACAGCCCAGCGGCCCCGGCCUCACAGACAUGCAGCAGUACCACCAGUGGCUGGCCAGUCGCCAUGAAGCCAGCCUGCUGCCCAUGAAGGAGGACCUGGCCCUGUGGCUCACUAAUAUUCUCGGUCUGGAAAUCACCGCUGAGAGCUUCAUGGAUCGCUUAGACAAUGGCUUCCUGUUGUGCCAGCUGGCUGAAACACUUCAGGAGAAGUUCAGGCAGAAUAACGGGGACCUGCCUGCCUCUGGCAACAGCAAGAGUAUUCCCAACCGGAGGAUACCAUGUCGGCAGAGCGCUCCCUCCGGUUCCUUUUUUGCACGGGACAACACAGCCAACUUCCUUGCCUGGUGUCGUAAGGUUGGAGUUGGACAAACAUGUCUGUUUGAGUCAGAAGAUUUAGUUCUUCAUAAGCAGCCACGAGAAGUGUGCCUCUGUCUGUUAGAGUUGGGACGGAUAGCAUCACGGUACAAUGUGGAGCCUCCUGGCCUUAUAAAACUGGAGAAAGAGAUUGAACAAGAAGAGAGAGCACCUCCACCACCUCCAUCCCCCAUAUCCCCAGCUCAGCCUCUUCCUCCUUCUCCUUCUGUAUCUCCGUCCCCGUCUCCUUCUCCAUCCCCGACUCCAACCAAAGUCACGUCCAGCAAGAAGAGUACAGGGAAGCUGCUGGACGAUGCUGUUAGAAAUAUCGCUGAUGAUCCCCCCUGCAGAUGUCUGAACAAAUUCUGUGUAGAGAGACAGUCGCAGGGUCGAUACCGGGUUGGAGAGAAGAUGCUUUUUAUACGGAUGCUGCACAACAAGCACGUGAUGGUGCGUGUGGGUGGAGGCUGGGAGACCUUUGAGAGCUACCUGCUGAAACACGACCCGUGCCGCAUGCUCCAGAUCUCCCGGGUGGAGGGCAAGACAUCCCCCGUCGGCAGCAAGUCCCCCAACAUCAAGGACCUCACACCUGACAGCUACCUGGUGGUGGCAGCUCACUACCGCAGCAAAAAGUGAAGACAUGAGACUGAACCGUGCCAUUGAUAAGAAGACACAGAGGAUGACUUCUUGCCAUUGUUUACUCGCUAAUGGACGUUGCUAUAUAACAGAUCCCUGUUCUUAAACACAUUACAGCCGCAUUCAUGGAAAGCAGAGAAUUCAGUCAAAUGGGUGUUUGUGUGCAGAUUAAGGCUGGAAUCACACCAGUAGGCCUUUAACAAUGUGAUUUGUUUAGAUUAACAGAACUGAAAAAUGUGUCAAUCACUACAAUAUGACAUAAUUACAAUUAAAUAAUUGGGCCUACGGAAUCUGGCUAUAUUUGUAAUUGUUUAAACCUUUCUCUGAAUGAAAUUAAGUAAGUGGCGGAGGUUUCAGGGCCUUUAAGAAGCUAGUCUUCUUUGGCAAUCUGGUGUGUGUGUGUGUGUGUGUGAUAGUAGAAAGCAAAUAGACAUUUUGUAUUGUUUUCCUCUCUUUUUUAAACUUCCUUACAUUACAUUAAAUACACAGGUGGCUCUAGUGGGCACCGUACUCAAAUCAGAAUUUAAACUUUAACUAUGACAUUAUAAAUGGAAACUUUCCUGUCCAAAGAAAUGUUAUUUGCCAAUUUUUUUCCAUAUUAUUCCACUGUACUGUAUUUUUGUAAAAGUUGCCAAAUCUCCCCUAGAAACCUUGAUCAUAAAAUAUUAUGUUUUUUUCUUGUUUUUAAAAAAUAUAUAAAUUAGGCUAAGAAAUUGAAGCAAUGCUUAGACUGUUUACAUUUUGAAUAACUAUUCUAUGAAAUGCAUUUUUGUACUAUUAUCAUUUUUAAUAAGUAUUCAUGGUUAGGAUAGCUCCUGUUU